AUGGCAAAAUGCAAUAUUAGGUAUGGAACAUCGUUGGCUCCGACAUUCGCCAAAAAUCUCGACAAAAUCGCGCCGAAAAACGUGGAAAAUGUGAAAUUAUUAGUGAGUUUCUGAAUUUUUGCUCAUUUCUCACCGAAUUUCGGCAAUUUUCAGGCAGAUUCGCGGGUAAAGCUAACGGAUGUGGAAGCGAAGUUGAGAAGACCGUCGGUGUCAGCGAUUUUAGGAGCGAUGGGCGAGAAGCGGGGACUUUUUCUCUGGCAGAAGGCGAUGAUUGAGGAGAUGGGGCUGGCGGGUUUUAGGAAAACUAUGGCAGGUUUCCAAGCCUAGAUUUAAGCCUAAGCCUGAUUUUUGUGCUUUCAGAGAGAUUAGAAGUUGGAAUCAAGAUCCAUUCGCACAUCGAAAACCUCGUGAAACUUCGAGCCGCGCAAAAUUUCGCAGAAAAAUCGAUUUUUGCGUAUAUCGACGCGGAAAAAGAGCAGAAUUUGAGGAAUUAUAUGAGAAGUGCACUGCCUUUCAUUUUUGAGCUUGGAAAUUCCGCGGGAAAUGUGAUUUUGGAGGGGAAAGUGAGGCACCCGGUGUUGGGAUAUACGGGAAGAUUUGAUGCGAUUUUGGCGGAUUCCAAGGAGAUUUUGGAUUGGAAGACGAGUCCAGCACGGUCUACGUUUAGCACACAGAGAUUGGAGAGGUUGGUGGCGGGUUUUUUGGGUGAAAAUUUGUAAAUUUUUGGGCUCUGGAGCGAUUUUUCAGGCUUCUGGAGCUAAAACUGAUGAUUUUUUGGGUCCUGGAGCGAAAAAUCGUUUUUUCCUAGGUUCCAAAGGUACUUUUGAUGAUUUUUCGGCUUCUGAAGCGAAAAUUGAUGAUUUUCAAGGUCCUGGAGCAAGAAUCGAUGAUUUUCCAGGUCCUGGAGCGAAAAUUGAUGAUUUUUAGGCUCCUGAAGCGAAAAUUUCUGAAUUUUCUGGGUCUUGGAGCGAAAAUUCGUGAUUUUCUGUGUCCUGGAGCAAACAUUGACGAUUUUCUGGGUCCUGGAGCGAAAAUUCGUGAUUUUCAAGGUUCUGGAGCUAAAAUUGAUGAUUUUUCGGCUCCUGGAGCGAAAAAUCGGUUUUUCCUGGGUUCUAGACAGAAUUUUGAUGAUUUUCUGGCUCUUGUAGCUAAAAAUGAUGAUUUUUUGGCUUCAGGACCUGGAAAAUCAUCAAUUUUCGCUCCAGGACCUGCAAAUCAUCAAAAUUCGCUCCGGGAACCUAAAAAUCAUCAAUUUUAGCUUCAGUACCUGGAGAAUCAUCAAAAUUCGCUCCGGGAGCCUAAAAAUCAUCGAUUUUUGCUCUGGGAGCCUAAAAAUCAUGAAAAGUAGCCUUAUAACCCAGAAAAAAUCGAUUUUUCGCUCCAGGACCCAAAAAAUCAUUGAUUUUUGCUCCAAGACUCAAAAAAUCAUCAAUAUUUGCUCCGCGAGCCUAAAAAUCAUCAAAAUUUGCUCCGAGACUCGGAAAAUCAUCAAUUUCAGCUCCAGUACCUGGAAAAUCAUCAAAAUUCGCUCCAGGAGCCUAAAAAUCAUUGAAAUUUGCUCCAAGACCCAGAAAAUCAAUAAUUUUAGCUCCUGGAGCUUGAAAAAAUGGAUUUUUCGCUUCAGGACCUCGAAAAUCGCUCUAGAAGCUAGGAAAAAUCGAUUUUUCGCUCCGAAACCCAAAAACCCUACCCAAAACCAACAUUUUCCAGCCUAUCCUACACAAAUUACGUCCGUCAACUAUCCGCCUACACAUCAGCCUUCAAUCACGACACAAAUUUCGAAAACUCGAAUUUCUCCGUGAAAUCCGCAAUUCUCGUAAGCCUCAAAGAAAAUGGCGAAGAAGCCGAGAUUUUUCGAAUCCCACAAAAUGAGCUCGAAUCGGCAUUUGAGAAUUUCAAACGGGAUUUGAGCGAAUUUUGGCGAGAAAUUGAAGCAACGACGGGUACAAAUGUCGAUUUUGCUUAUAAACCUGAGCAAUGA